AAAGGGAAAAAAGGGAGCAAGACAUGAAAUGGAAGGUAAGAAAGGAAGGACAACAUUUAGAAAAUGUAACAGGGAGUAAGAUAUGAAGUUACAAAUAUUCUUCUAUACUUAUCCACACCUGGAAAACAUUGAAAUAGGAGAUUAAACCAGCCUGUGAGCUCUUUUUGGAUAUAAAUUGGCAUAGCAGGUUCAUUCAAGUUUAGUAAGAUGCUUGGCAACAAAGAUCCCUGCGUGUCAUUUGCACUUGAAUGCCGUUGAGUGAAAAUGAUAACGCAAGUGUUUGAUAAGGAAACUGAUCACAGUUUCAGUAGUUUCAAAUCAGGUUUUUUCUGAUUCCUGAAAUCUUGGUAAGUGGAACGGUAUGUUUUGCCACAAAUGUUUUGCUGUAAAACCAGAAGAAAAACAAAAGCAAACAGCUUCCUGACUGAACGUAAUACAGCGAUGACAGGUUUACAGCUUGCGGUUUAUUUUUCCACAAUAAAGUCAGCGAGUAAAGGUGUCAACCAGAACUACAUUUCUGCAGUGAUUUAAAACAUUUUCAGAUUCUCCCACAGCUGAGAUGAACGAUAAACCGUGCUUACCUUUUCUUAUCAAGAAAGAGCCGCAGCAAAACAUUUUAAUGGAUAACAACUUUGGAAUGUGGCUUUCCAAACACAAACUAGAAAGAGUAAAAAAAAAAAAAGAUACACCUCUCCAACAUCCAACCCUAGACGCUCACAGGGGGUGGAAUCUGAAAUGACAGGUUGUGGGUGGGUUGUGGGAGUUAAAGUAUCACUACCAAUCUGCCACAAGGACAGAGAGGAGACUCGACGACCCAGCUGACUCAAACAGGUGAGAGCACAGCCUAACCCAAAAGACUGGCCUUUUUUUCCCCACAGUGGAUCUGAUCUCGUCUCUCUGACUUGUUUGCGCGGCCAGACCUCAUUAGAAAGUCUAAAUUGGCUUCAUUUUCAAUGCAUAGCAAAUUUGACCUGGUUAAUUGGUGCUGGCAGAUCCUUAUUUAGAUUCAUUAAAAGAGAUUAAAAACGAAGCACAGGUCAAAAUGUUAACAGCGCCUCAGAGGGAAGACAGAGAAGAUGCGACAAGAUCUGACAAUGUAAAUAAAGGUCAAGGUAGAUAUCUGAGAGGAGAUAGUAAACAGAUCAUACACUUGUUGAUGUCAAGUUGUGGUCAGGGUGAAACUUGUUAAAGAGCAAUUAGUCAUUUCUUUCGAUGCAGGUUGACGAUUUACAAGUCGCGGCUCAUUAAUCAGCUCAGAAUAAAUGUACAUCAGGUUGAGUUAAUUUAAUCUUACUCAUCACAAGAAAAUCUCCUCAGGUCGAACGUCGGGAGACACAUCAUGUCAAAAGACAUUGACAGAAAUCAGGUGUUGCAAAACAUCAAGGUGCGAAAAGCGACCAGGAAGGACGGCUGGUGGAUCCAUAGUUCUAACAAUGACAAGGUAGUUUCUGAAGCGAAACAGGAACCUGCGCCAGCGACAAAGAAUUCACUGGUCCAGUCAAGGAUCAAAAGAUUCCAGCUUCCAGGUAAUCAGACAAACAAUGAAGCUGAUUCUAUUAAACCCGAUGAUUCGACCAAGGAAACAAGAAAAAAUACCACGAGAAAUUCAAAAUGCCAAUCACCAUCCAAACAGGCACAAGAGCAACAGCCAGUCAUAAACACAAACAAUGAAAAGAAGGAGGUGGAAUUAAAAGCACCAGCUGGCGAGUCCAACGUGGAGCAGAACGGGGGGGAUGUUAAGGUCUCUGCAGAUGUAAAAAAUGAAGAACAAAUCCAACCAGCUUCUUCAACAAAUGGCAACGUUGAUGCAGCAGAACCACCACCUGCCCAUGAAACUGCAGAAGUCAAAGAACAAAACCUUAACACUGACCCUACAAAUGUAGAAGAUCAGGUUUCCAGUGAUCUUCGGGUGAAAUCGGGUACAACAGGCACUGCAGAGGUUCCCGCUUCACCUCAAGAAGCUUUGAUCAAAACAGACACAAGUAGUUUGGAGGACGGAGGGGAGACGGCAUCCACGCAAACUACCACUCAAACUACAGAGGGAAGUCGAGAGAAAUCCCCGCUACCUGCAGAAGAAAUUGUACCCGCUGCCUCUCCGUUUAUUGUGAAGGAGUUGUCGGAGAACACUGCUACGCCGGAGAAAGACAUUCCUCCUCAAGCCAGCGUGGAACCUAACAUGGAGUUUGAAUCUGUAAGCAAGUCACCUGCUCAGCCUGGAAAUGAAACACCUGCAGAGGCCAGUUGUGAAAAACAUCCCCAAGAGCAAGUUGACAACAAAACUGUUGAAUCUGAGGCUGAGCCGGAGGUGGAAACCCCCGAUGUUGAUAAUGCAACACCCCGUGAGGAGGCCCCUCCGCUUAACAGUGUGCAACCAGUCGCCUGCACUCUACCCGAGUCACACGAUGAAAUCCAAGCAGCUGACAAUAUUGUUGUUGAGCAAAGUGUCGAGCCGUCGUUUGGAGAUGAAGUACAUUCCAUAGAUUUGAACAUCGAAGAUGCUCUUAAACCCGUACCGUCUGCAGAUCCUGGAGCUGUUCAGGAUAGUUCAGAUUACAGACCCAUUGAUCUGACAGAUGCUCUGCGUGUGGAGGCACCCCAGAAAGAAUCUGUUCCUAAAACUGAAGUUGAAGAACAGCCUCUUCGAGAGGAACCUGAUCCCCAGCCUGACGAUGCCAGAGUUUCUGAAGGCCUUCAGAAGCCUGCAGAAGAACUAAAUUCAACCCAGGUUCCUAAAAUAUCCAGUGAUGGAACCCCUCUUUGCUCUUACUGCAACAAAAUAAUUGAUGGGAAAGUGAAGAUCACUUUGAGCGAACCGCCUGUGGUAUGCCAUGAAGAAUGCCUCAAGUGCGGCGUUUGUGCUAAGGCCCUGGGAGAAAUGCCGAUCGCCAUGUUCUUGCUUGGCAAAGUGAUCCACUGCACAGACUGCUUUGCAAGCGCGCUUAACAUUUGAAUUCUGCUGGCGAAAAAUACUUCCUGUCACCAAGCUCACAGUGAAUAAUGUGCUCUCUGAGAACCUCCCCGGUUUUGCCCUUGAUCUGUAGACUGUUCUACCGAAUGUUUCCUUUCACUGAAAAGGAGGACGUGGUGUGAUGUGAAGUUUAAAAAUUGUGCAAUUAAAAAAAAAAUGUACACAGUGGUAAUUACCACAGAUGUUUGAAUGAAAUGCUCCAUAAUUAGCAUAAAUUAUUUUAAUGCCAUGUACAGGAUGUGAUUAAAAUAAAAUUACAAUCAAAUCCCUUAGAUCAAAUCAAUAAUUAGCCUCAAUUACAAAUAAGCACACACAACACUGGUCAGCUUCAGAGCAGUUAUUUAAAUAUUGACCUCUCUGUUGCUAAUUUUAGGUAAUCGUGAAGACAAUUCCUCACUUUUAAGAGAAACAAAAAUAAAAAUAAAACGCACAGCAGAUUUUUUCUGAAGAGAGAAGCUCCAAGAGAAACUUUGGUACAUUCAGCUUCACCUGCUUGAGACUCGUGAUGCUCAUGGGCGAGUUGGAGAUAAUAAGGCAGCAGCAAAAAUUAUAUUCAGAAACCAAUAUCUGCACCAGUAAACACUGUACAGGAAGCACACAGUUAUGACUUGCAAAGCAAAGCUGUCGUUGCUCUUAAUUAUUCAUGAAACAUCAUACAUCACAAUCAGCUCCAGCAAAGCCUCACAGAGCGAAUUAAGAGAGAGAGAGAAAGAGAAA